AUGGGCAUCCAUCACGCCGCGAGCGCUGCUGCCCUCUGGAAUAUAAAUGCGGAAUUUUACAUUACUGCCUACAGCGCGCUCUGUAGUGGAUCAUUUAAAUUCUUUUCAACCGAGGCUAAUGACUCUCGGAAUAGAGAGUUCACUAUGGUCUCUAUCUGGAUAUCUGGGGUUGGUGAUGGGUCUUCAAAAUUUGAUAGAGUGCUUGAGAAAUAUUCUACAAAAGAUUCGGCUAUUGUCUCGGGAAGGAUAUUGUUCUUGGAUGGCGGUGAUGACCCAUCUAGAUUUCUGGUCCAUCAGAUCCUCUACCUUUUCGAUCUGUGUCCUUACUCCAUUGCAAUUCCAACUGCCUAG